UACAACUUCCUCUGCCGCUAUGUCUCCGAGCUGCUGAAGUAUUUAUACGUCCCAAACAUAGAAAAAUCGCGAAGAUUCUGGAUUACAACUGUUAGGUUAUUGGGGUGAUCGAGACUCGACUCGGUGGGAGUUUGGACGUGAUGGCGUUUCACUUCCAGGCUCAGCUCGCAUCCAUUAUGGAGGUGUUGGCUAACUCGGCGGUGGCUGAGAUAUGCCAGCUGGUCGACGAAGGUUUUGCUAGUCUCCGGUUGGAGAUAUCCCGAAGCCAGCGCGAGAAUUUAGCUCUGAAGAGCAAGCUGCGGCUUCUGGAAGUCCAAGCCGAUGGUUCGCCGCAGGUGGUGGUCACAUGCAGCCGGAAAGAACACCAAAAUGAAGAUUCUUCAUCAUCACUCAUUCCCCAGCAAGUAACGUCAAUGGUGUCAGUCAAAAAAGAAAGUGUUGAAGAAGAGCUACAACAGUGCAGUAUGUUGGAUGACUAUCAGAGACCCCUGAGCAACAGAAGUGGAAUGGAAAACUUUGCACCAUCGAAUCCCUGUGAUGCUGCCGAGAGCCACCAACGCCCUCAGGUCGACAGAAACCUCCCUGCAACCAAUGUGUCGCCCCGAAUCGAGGAACAGCAGCCAAUGACAGAUGAGGGAGAUGAGGACGGUUCCAUGUUGAAUCACUACGGUCCGGCCCCCGAGCUAAGCCUCAGAGAUGUGGCAGACCUGACCAAAGAUGGAGGAGAAAGUGCUGAGGAACAGGAGGGUGUUCCUGGUAAAUUCAGGACUGCUGCAGAACGAGAGCCUUCAGACAGAGAGAAUGAUUUCUGGAGGGAGGCAGCAGAAUCGACCAGUAUGAAAUUUGAUACAUCACUGGGGUGGUCUGAAGCUGACACGGCCGAGCAGUGUUUGGGCCCUGCCCCUAAAAUAGUGUGUGUGAACAGCAGGAGGGAUGGAGAGAAUAACGUGGCACAUAGCGGAAAGCUUGAAGCCGACAACAGCAGCUUUGACUCCUCCUCUUUCGACGAUCUCUUUUCGUCUCCGGAUAUUGCCUUGUCCCUCUCAGCUCGUCACAAAGGUGCCACAGACAGAGAAGCUGGAUUAGAAGAUAGAUCCUCGUCUUACUCGUAUCCUGUAAGUGGCGAGAGUUCGUCUGCUUUGCACUCUGACGGUGCAGGUGCCUCGUCUAGAGAGCGGUUGUGGAGUUGCACUCAAUGCAACAGCUUCUUUUCCAGCUCCAGAGACCUGCGGCUGCACCAGCGUGCCCACUCUGGCGAGAGGGUCUAUCACUGCCAGCUGUGCAUGAAGGCCUUUGCUCACCAACAUCAGCUUAAAACCCACCAGCGAGUGCAUACGGGUGAGAAGCCGUUCAGCUGUGCUCAGUGCGGGAAACGCUUCUCACAGUCCAGUCAUAUCAAGAGGCACAUGAGCGUGCACACGGGGGAGAAACCUUUCAGCUGUAACGUCUGUGGGCGCAGAUUCUCUCAGUCGUGCACUCUGAAAGUCCACCAGGCUGUUCACACCGGGGAAAGACCAUACAGCUGCACCAAGUGUGGAAAGAGCUUCUCUGUACUCGGCAAUCUAGUCCGCCACCAGAGCGUGCACAUCAACCACUGAUAUGAGUGCCCUGCUCUCUGGACUUGAUUUUAGCUGUGAUUUUAGACUCAUACAAACAUUUAAAGUGAAUAUUGCUGCUCAUGAGGAACAUGGAAGAGCAUGAGAAUCAAAGCGCCUCUUUUAGUAGUUUAAUUUAUUCAGCGCUUGGUUCAUGGAUGACCUCUCACUACAUCAAGUUGAAAUUUAACUACAAUUCAUUCUUCUAUCACUACAACGAAUUAAUUAUUUGAAACUGAAUAAAAGAGGAGUUUUGUGAUGUUUUCUCAUGACAAAUAAUGACAUUCAUUUUCCAAAAAUGAUGUUGCUGUUGUAACAAAAUUGGGCAUCAAUAAUGCAUUUCUCACAGAAAAUAAAGUGCUGAUGCCAAUGUAAAAUAUAACUGCUGCAUAUGUGCAUAACUUCAGCAUGUUUUAUUGUGUGAUUGUUUAGUACAUGUGAUGCAUUUAAUUUGAUUAUUUUGUUUGGAUAUAUGUGAUGGUGUUUCAUGGUCCAAAAGCUGUGACCUUAUCAAAUCAUUUUUGGUUCAGUUUGAUGGAACUGCUCCGUUUAUCCAAAACUAGAGGCAUAACUCCUGUGUCAUCCUUCACUAAUAUGUCACACAACUUUGAAAGUGGUGACUGUGAUUCACUGUCAUUGACCCUUUAUCCACUUGUAUUGUGUAUUCACGUGUCAGAACUGUCACUUGUCUAAAACAUUUUUUUUUGCUUGGUAGAAGCAACAUGACAGGCUUGAUAAAUUGUUAAUGCACCUUUGUUUACCAAUUUCUCUCAAAUUGAUUGUGUCUGUUUAAAAAUUGGGAAUUGCUGUCAAAUUGCCAAACCUUCGUCUUGUAACUACGCCAGUGUCUUGGUAUAUACCUUUGAUUAAAAUG